GUGUCUCUCUCUUCCAGCACUGGAGAACCUGGGGUUUCGAGGCGUCUUCAGCGGUGGUCUGGGAGGAAGCUUCGGCGGUCUAAGUGCCAGCCUAGGCGCUGCUCUGUCCAUAGGUAGUGACCGCGGGGGCAUGGGCAGCGGGGGCGUGAGCGUCAGGGACUCCACCAUCACCUCGGGCGUGAGCCUGAUCGCCGAUGUCAGGAGUGGGCGCGAGAAAGACUCCGGGCUGGAGCUGGUGAAGACGUCUCUGGUGUUGGACAUCGCCUCCCUCAUCCUGUACGGCUGCCAGGCGCUCCCCAUCCGUCUCAAGAUCCUCCUCGACCGUCUCUUCUCGGUCCUAACACACGAGGAUGUCCUGCAGGUCCUACACGGCUUCGGCUGGACUUACGAGGAUUACGCCAGAGGAUACAAACUUCAGGACCGCCAGGGGAACGUUCUACACAGCUGGCACAUGAUGAGUACGGAGGAGGAGACACUGGUGCUCAGGCAGUUCCUCAGGUUCGGGGAGACGAGAGCCAUCGCCCAGCAGCUGCUCCACCACGAAGGCAGCUCACCCAGACCAGACCACACCCCGUCUCUCAGGGAGUCUCACCGGGAUCUACACAGAGAUAGGGACGCUCACAGGGACUCACUGAGGGAGAUGCACCGAGAUACGCACCGAGACCUUCAUAGAGACAGUCUAAGAGAUAUUCAUAGGGAGAGUCAUAGGGAUCUACGAGACAUGAGAGAUAGGGAUCCUCACAGGGACUUCAGGGAUGAACUGAGGCGGGAGGAGAGCCGUCGGGAAGAGAAUUCGAGGUCGCAACACCAGCAGCCCCACCAUCACCAGCAACCCCAUCACCACCACCACCACCACCAGCCGCCGCCGCAGUCAGAGAUGUGCAAGAACAUGGACUCCGACAUGAAGAAAUUUCUGGAGCGGACCACCAUGUUGUUCAGUCCUUUCAUGAGGGGCGAUCCAAGCGCCCUGUUGCGACCGCCACCUCCAACAUGUCCUCCGGGAAUGCCUCCCGCACCUCCACCUCUGUCUGCAGCCUCCCUCGCCUCCAACAUCCUGGCAGCAGCCAAUCCCUCCCUCGCCACCUCAAUACUCGCCAAUCCCCAGCUGGCCUCCUCCGCUCUCUCUAUGCUCCGUCUCCCCGUCCCGCCCGUCUCUCUCCCUAAUAUCUCUCCCAACGGUUCUCUUCCCAAUAGUUUCGGCUCUCCCACGAGUCCCAUGGGCGGCUCACCACUCAACAGACUUCAGAGUAUGCAACCCUAUGAUAUCCGGAAGGAGAGACAGAGCCCGAGUCCAGCGUCGAGGGGCGAGCAGUCCCUGGCUCACGGUUGUCGUGGGGGCGGGGUGACCAGCCCGGCCAGUAGUGGUGGCGGUGUCCAGGUCAGCGUCAGUAGCGGCAGUGUCACGCCGCUCGCUGCUACCGCCGCCCAGCCUCCACCACCCACACCUGUCUCCAUCAACAGUGAUCCACCAACAGACUACACCAGUGACGAUGAUGACAUAGGCUUCUCUGCCUCCACCACUGCCCUCAAUCUCUCCACCACAUCGACCACUGUGUCUACCAGCGCCACACCCACCACCCUUCAUAUGCCCCCAAGACCACAGUCACCUGGGGGACCGAACACUCCAGGCAAGAGAUCGUGGAACCCGAUCAAUAUGGGCACCUCGCUGAUCAACCCAGUGACGGGCAAAAAGCGGGUGCAGUGUAACGUCUGCCUCAAAACUUUCUGCGAUAAAGGCGCUCUCAAGAUCCACUUCUCAGCCGUGCACUUGCGAGAGAUGCACAAGUGCACCGUUGAAGGUUGCAACAUGAUGUUCAGCUCACGGCGGUCGAGAAAUCGUCACUCAGCUAAUCCUAAUCCUAAGCUUCACACACCGCACGUCCGCCGCAAGAUCUCCCCUCAUGAUGGCCGCACCUGUGCCGCUCAUCCUGUGGCAUCAACGCACCUCUCAACACAAGGGUUCCAACCUCCAGCUGGGUUCCCACCUCUUGGAGCUUUCCCGGGCCAGUUCAGUAGCAUCAACCCCCUCACAGGUCUGCCCUUCAUCCCACCCUCAGCAGCAGCUACUGAAGAUCUCCACAAGCAGGCACUGGAGCUGCAGCGACGUACCCUCGAGAUGCAACAUGCAAUGGGCAAGACCUCACUCGACCUCAGUAUGCGAUGUCGCGAGGACGGAGUAAUGUGGAGGGGUGACUACGGUAACUUUAACGCCGUGUCCGUCCACUGUGAAGACGUAAUGGCAGGAGACAAAAUGCAUCACGACGGCGGGGACGGCAAGCAGAGAAGAGGCGACGACGACUACAAUGCUAAUAACAGUCUGGACGAUGACAUGGACGACGACAGCAUGAGCGUCGACACCCAGAGCAUGAAGGGAGAGGGAACGGCAGCCUCACCCUCAGCCAAUAAGCGGAAACGCAAGAGCCAAAACCCAACGAAAUUUGCCUUCAGAUUAGAAGACGAUGAUCUGAUAUCAACGGAUGAUGAUGAUGACGAUGAUAACGACGAUGAUCUAGACGAUAUAGAUGCAAAAGAUUCAGAGGAUGAUAAAAACGAAGAUAAAGAAUUAGACGCCAUGAGUGACGAUGACGAUGACACGAAUGGCGCCAUGAAGGAAAGUUCUUCCAUGAACUCCGGUGAUAAAUCAAAAAACGAUAAAGACUCGGACGGCAGCAACAGGAAGGUCUCCUCCAGCAGCUACGACGAGUCGGUCGACACAUCCAACGCGUUAAGGCACCUGGAGGACCUCUCCAAAGGCCACUUCGCUCACCUCUCCGGCGCGAUGCCCCCAAACGCAUCGGCGUCACUCGGCCUUCAGAUGGCGCCAUCGGGAAAUGGCGUCACAUCUUCGAGUCCCAGGCCAAGUGACCGUGACAGCGAUCGGGACUCGAACCCUGGAUCCCCAUCAGAGGAUUCCGAAGGAGCUUUUCAAUUUGGCGAGGGUGGGUUUCUGAGUAGCCUGGACAUCCCCAUAGAUAAGGAGAACCCUCGCCGCUGUAUAGCUUGUGGUAAGAUGUUCCAAAACCACUUUGGAGUCAAGACUCAUUACCAAAACGUUCACCUGAAGCUCAUGCACAAGUGUACCGUGGAAGGCUGUAACGCCGCCUUCCCUUCCAAGCGUAGUCGUGACCGCCACGCCUCAAACCUCAACCUUCACCGCAAGUUACUCUCCACCUCCUCAGAUGCGCCGGGCUUCCCCGCCAUGGCCUUUCCCGGACUGCCCUUCAACCCUGCUCUCAACCCGGAGUUGCUGGCACGCCUCUACUCUGACCCUGGCACUCUUCCGCUCGGUCUCGAUGCCCUAAAGGCCCACAUCCCAACGUCACUCGCCGAGUCAUUGUUCAACGGCGAUCGUGGCAGUGGUGGCGGCGGCGGUAACGGCGGCAGUGGAGGCGGUGGCGGCUUGCCUCCAGCAGCUCAUCCGCCUCCGCACUUCUUCCUCCCUAACCUCCUCCCUCAUUUUACUGCUAAUAAUAAUCUUCCGGGAACGGAACGAAGAGAUCGCUCUAGUACCCCAUCCCCUCAAUCAACAACGCCCACCACCACGGGGCCGCCCACCACAGACGUACCCUCUCCGCCGCCCCCUGAGCCUGCCGCCCCUACAACCACCACCUCCAACAACACCACCACCAGCACCACCAGCGAGGACAUGGAGACUGACUGGAUAUAUAACCUCGAGGACGAUCUCCCCUCACCGGACCGUGACGGCAACAUGCCCUGCAAAUUCUGUCACAAGACCUUUGAGGACGGCGUUGGCCUGAAGAACCACUACGACGAUGUUCACGCCUCAGAGUUGUUCCGGUGCACGGUGGAUGGUUGCAACAAGGUGUUCAGUGCCCGUCGUAAACGUAAUGCCCACUCCCUCAAUGACGCCGUUCACCAGCACCUCUUAGAGGGGGCGGCAGCGGCGAGGACGACGUGAUGUCUUCGCCUCCCUCAAUUGCGGCAGCGGUCCCGCGGGUCGGGUCUCCCCGACCUCUCCCCCUCUGUAUAAAUGUAUAAAUGUGCCAAUGUUUCACGUCUUAUUUAUACGUAGUGGUGUUAGAGUGCCCAGUGUUGCCCGCGUGUACAUAGCAGUGGCUCCAGCUGCCCAGGACCCAGGCGGCUCAGUGUAGAGUAGUGGCUCACCAGCUGCGCGUAAUGGUGCGUCUCCCUACACCGCAACCAGGGACAGUGCGCUCUCUAGGGACAUUGUGCGCCCCGAGGGAUCACACACACACACACACAGACUUAAAAUGUUUUUGAGGAUAGUGUCGUAAAUCCUCUGUAGUGACCGACCACCAGGUGUGUGAGACUCUCCCUGGCGGUGAUGGAGGUGGUCGAGGAGCGCCAAGACAGUGACUUGUGUUUCUCACGUGGUUAUCCAGAGGUGCUGUGAGCCAUCUUAACGCUGAAUGACUUAGAGCUGCAUUAAUGUUCUCAGGAUUCUUUGUGAAUCGUUUUGCAUACCAGUAAUUUGGUAUCCAAGAGUCAGUGUUCAACUUCAUUGUGUAUUUGUAUUAUUAUUAUUUUUUUUGUUUAUAUUGCUGUAAAUGUCGGUUUUAUACUGUGACUCGCUCUGUCAUCUGUGUAAAUGGUGCUAUAUUUUAGUUGGCACAUCCAUGUCUCCAUUUACGUACAAUUUUGGUUAGUAAGUUAAUUUUUUCUUCGUGUGAUCGUAAAGUCGGCGUCUUCCACUGUCUUCAUUUUACCGUGAUGGCUGAGGCGGACCAGCAGCAGACGCGCCUCCCUUAAACUCUUACACAAGACCAAAUAUUCUAUUAAUUGUCCUUCUCAAACUCCUACAGCAUAUUGAAAGUGUCCGUAGAGGCGUAUAAUACCUUAUUUAAACACUGAGACCAUUCCUGUAAUCUGAAAAUUGCAAGAAGUUAAAUUUUGAGAGAUUUAUUGAAACAAAAAUACGUUUCCAAACACCUGUGUGCUCUCCCAUUGACAAUAUUUAGUAUUUAAACAAACUUUUUAAGCUUAUUUGGGGAGGGAGAGGGGGGAGGGGGAAGGGACCCAAAACAACAGCUCUAAGACAACUUUCUUAACUAAAUAGCCACAGUGUGAUUUUAAUCCUGGCAAUGACUUCAAUAAAGAUAAUCCAGGGAGGUUCUUAAAAUCUCUUUCACAUCCUUCAAGGAGUGUAGGAUACUUAAGAGAACUAUCACGAUUAAAUAUCCUUUGCCUCAUGUUAUACCUUCAACAAGGAGUUAAACUUAGGAAGGAAUUUUAUUUAUUUUUCCCUAAAACACCAAAUUCUCAAAGACGUCUCUCAUUCACUCCAAGACUCCUGUAGUGUUGUGUUGGAGGCGGUCUCGUUUGCUGAAUUUUUUUUUUUUUUUAAUUUUGUAUCGGAGUUUCAUUCGGAGGCGUCUCUUGCUGCUACACCUGCCCGAGCGUGUCUCUUGUUGCUACACCUGCCUGAGCGCGUCUCUUGUUGCUACACCUGCCCGAGCCAACACCCUAAUUCCCUGCAAAGUUUUGGCUUAAUUUACUGUACUGAUGGUCACAUUCACCCUCUUUUAACACAAACCAAGAGAUUGAACUACGACAAUCAACAGUGUGAAAUUGCCAAAGAUAUGUUAUUUUUUUCUCUUUUUAUUGUUUUUUUUUUCUUAUUUUAUUUCUCUAUCUCUCGAAUGUGUUCUUUCACCAAAACGCUGAAUGAUAUUCUCUUGUGGCCUCCAGUUCAAAAUUGGAGGACACGACAAAAACAUCCAAAAUGAGGUGUACGUAAGGUAGAUAUCUGUGUACUCUCUCUCUCUCUCUCUCUCUUUGUCACAUACAUACUGUCUCUACCACUACCUCUCUCUCUUUUUCACACAUACACAGUCUCUCUCUCUCUCUCUCUCUCUCUUAUAGGGGCUGUGGAUCUAGCCACAUACCUGGUAGCCAAUUUGAACCCGGACCGAUACGGAUUAGGUUUUUUGAUAUUAGUACUUUAGUCAUACUCUGUAAGGUUUUCAUGAAAGGUUAAUACUACUUUCAGCCAGUAGUUUAUAGACCAUCUCGCGUUAUCAUCAUCAUCAUCAUCAUCAUCAUCAUCAUCAUCAUCAUCAUCUCAAUUUGUAAUAAAAAACAAACUCAUGGAGAGAUAAAGGAUAAGAAAGAUAAGAUAAGAUUCAUAUUAUCCUCAUCGUGUUGUUGUUGUCGCCGACGCUUCCACCAUUUUAGUUGAGUCUUAUGAAAUUGAUGGUCUUAUAAAAAAAGGAUAAAGAAAAUACGAUAUAUAAAUCUCUCACUUUAUUUUUUUUUUUAGGAACUAACUUGAAUUUCGACCAUCCUGAUCCCUUCAUCUGGUCCGGAGACUAUCUCUUUCUGUUUUUCUGUCUCUCUCUCUGUCUCUCUUUCUCUCUCCCUCUCUCCUAUUCAUCCUCCCUCUUUACCCAGUGACUAUAAAGGAGGGGGAAUAAAGUUGAGGGAGAGAAGGAGGGAGGGAAGAAGAAGAAGAAGAUAAUGCCAUAAUCCAUAAUUCACUCUUUUUUUGUUUCAUCAUCUCAGCUCAAGGGGGACAAACAAUAAAUACACAAAUGGUUUAGGGCCAACUGUACUUAUGAAUAAUGAUAAUACAAUACAUUACAUUACAUGAUAUAUAUAAAAAAAAAAAAAAAAAAAAAAAAACAGAAUUUAUGGUGUCAAAAGUUUGUACGUUAUGUCAGUACAUUUGGUCCACAGGCGGAGUUAGGCCCUUCAUGAGCUGUAAAAAAAAAAAAUAUUAAUAACCUGUGUAGUUAUUAGAGUGGUUUGUAUACUGGAGGAACGAGAGGAUUGUGUUCUUAUACGUGUCUCUUAACCCUUUAUUCCCCCCUCCCCAAAUCCCUUAUAUUUCCCUAAUACCUAGUCCCCUUAUGUUCUUCCCCUUACCCCAAGAACCCUCCUGUGCUUCCUCUCUGAAACUCAUACCAAUCUUCUAGUUCCUUUACUUCCUUUCCUCUCCCCACGAACCUUUGAGCUUUACCUUCUCCUCCUUCUCCAGUUUAUCUUCCUACUUUUCCUUCCUUCACCCGAUUCCUCCCCUUACCCCCCCUUACCCCCCCCCCACCCCACCUUUCCCCCAACCACCUAUCUAAGGGUACCGAUGUGUAAUGGUCUAUUAUUGUAGGCUACUUCAGUGGGCCCCUAACAGUAGGCUCCUCUAGUAGGGGCUCCUCUUGUGGGGGGAGGGGGGGGGGGAGGGCUCCUCUUCUGAACUCCUCUUGUGGAUUCCUCUUGUAACUGCUAUCACUGUCUGCUCUUGUGGACAAUUUCAAUUAAUUCACCAUCCCACCACCAUCACCCCCUCCCCCCCUUAACCUGCUGCAUUAUUCUAGCGGUUCCCCCUCUUGUCGUCUACUGUCGAGGUUCACACUCUAUACAAUAGCCUGCUCUAGUGGUCCUCCUGUUAAAAGGGAUCUUGAACCGCUGGCACAGGAUUUCUCCCGUACUGUAAUUAACUCAUAAUGACAAUUUAAAUAAAUAAUAAAAAAAACUUGUUGUUACCGUCUCGUGGUGAUCUAGCUGUAAUUGUUAAUAAACCUGGUUAUAUGUGA